AUGUCUUGGCGCCUGAAGAACGCGGUCACCGGACUGCCGCGCUUGACGCUCUUUGGCCGCUCCGUCCUCCUACUCGCCGCAGAGCUCCUCGCAAACGCCGUGUGCUGGAUCGUGUGCGGUAUUCUCUUCGGGCGUCGCGCAGAGACACGUUCCAUCCUCUCGCUUGCACUGCUGGCAUGGACCAUUGGACUUCGACAUGCCCUAGAUGCAGAUCAUAUCAGCGCCAUUGACAAUGCGACACGAAGCCUCAUCAACAUGGGACAGCUCCCGGUGACAUGCGGCCUCUUCUUCUCUCUCGGCCACAGCACCAUCGUGAUCGUGGUGAACGUCGCCAUCGCCAUCAGCACGGACGUCUACAACCACAUCGACGGCGUCGGCGCGGUGGGCGGAAUCGUAGGCGCCGCCGUCAGCGCAAGCUUCCUGUUCAUCGUCGGCCUCGCCAACUCCAUCAUCCUCUUCCGUGUUCUCCGCAAACGUCGCCGGGUAUCGCGCACAAGGACCGGGGAGACGGCGGAAGAUGCAGGGGCAGACGAGGACGAGGACCUCAAGGAAUCGCACGGGAACACACUCAUGAUGAAAAUCAUCGGGCCUGUCGUGACCUUCGUCGACCGGCCGUGGAAGAUGUACCCCGUCGGGGUGUUGUUUGGGUUCGGGUUCGACACCGCGUCGUCCAUCGCGCUCCUCGCCAUCUCCGCGAUAGCGCAACGCCAGCCCGACGGCCGUCAGAUCGCGCCCGGUGAUAUUGUCGUCCUCCCGUUGUUGUUCACAGUGGGCAUGACGCUCAUCGACUCGAUCGACUCUAUCAUCAUGCUGUACUCGUACGCCGGCUUCCCCGAGCGGGGGUUCGCACUGCUCGAACCCCGGACCCGCGCCCCUACUUUCCCGCGAACUAGGACUCCUCCCGAGGCAGGUCCCGAACGGAACAAGAGCCAGGUCGAUGUUGCGGAGGUUGUUCGUGCGGACGUCGACGUCAAGGACCCUCUGGAGCAAGACCCAGAGAAGGUCGGCACGGUGGACGCAGUAGACGCAAGAGCAGAUAUCAAUGAGCCUGUCCAUCAGCGUACAUUGCGCGUCAAGCACAACGCGGUAUCGAACCUUAGCAUCCUGCUCACCCUCAUGAGCAUCAUGGUCGCGUUCAGCAUUUCCCUCAUCACUGUCAUGGGUCUGAUUGGAGACAAUUGCGCCCCUUGUCAAAAAGCGGCCAACGCGGAGGAUGGCGGAGGGCUUGCGGGACGCUGGUGGAGAGGCUGGGCGAACGCCAACGACAAGAGCGGAUACAUCGGCGCCGCCAUCGUCGGCUCGUUCAUUGCCGUGGUGUUGGGCUGGUACGGCGCGCGCUUCCUCUACAGAAAGUGGCAAACCCGUCGGGGCCGUGCGGCCACAAAAACAGAACAGUGA